CUGGAGACCGUGACCGCGAGCCUGCCCGAGCUCGCCGAGAUCCGUGACGCCGCCCUGCGCGACAAGGUAGCGCGCGCCUGGGCCUGGUCCCUGGCGCGGAGCUCGUUCAACGCCAUCGACGAGAUCCCCGGUUCCGGCGUGCCCGACUCGCCGCGCAUGAAGCGCGGCACCCAGCUCGACCACAUCCGCGGGGUCGCGCGCCUCGCACUGGCGAUGGGCGACGAGAUGAAGAGCCGGUUCCCGGAGCUGCCGAUCGACCGCGACCUGCUGGCGGCCUGCGCGCUCUGCCACGACGUGGGCAAGCCGUUCGAGUUCGACCCCGACACCAGCGGCGCUGGCGCGCCAACACCGUCGCCACCGGCCUGCCGGCGCUCCGCCACACCCUGUACGGCGUCCACGUCUGCCUGA